AUGCUUCUCUUCAUAAGGGGCUACGGACCGCCUCUCACGCUACGUAGAAGCAGUCGCGUCUGUUCAGCGACGACGACAUCUUAUCAACACGGUUACCUCAGCGUCGAACGAACUGUACGUCGUAAUUUGUCCGGCCCUGGAAAGAUCUCCUCUGAAGAUAAUUCGAUGUGUCAUUUUCCUAGUGAUUUCCACAAGGAGAUGAAGACCUUAGAGAAGGACCUUUUUGUCGAGCAGGACGCCUUCCUUGAAGCGCAGGAACAGCAGCUCAAGGUAGGCGUGUUUGAAAGUUCAUCUUUGACCGUUGCAGCGCAGUUUUUUUCUUGUUGA